CUUCCAAGCACAACAGCACCUGUACUUCCUUCCAUUUCUAGCACCCUGUCAAAUCCCAGUGUAGCAAUGGUCAGUAGCAGACCAGCCAAUCCACUUGAUGAAAUUCUGAAAUCAACGCCACCUGCAUUGGUAGCAUUUAUAGCAAAUUUGCCUGCUGUAGAGGGUCCAUCACUAGAUGUGGAUGUUGUAUUAUCAAUUUGUUUGCAGAGCAACGUAUCAACAGGCCAAACUAGGCUCUCAACACAGUUGGCAGCAGGUCCUGUUCCCAGCACAAGUGACCUCUCUGGCUCAAGCAAGUCCCAUCCCAUCCCAAGUGGUUCAUCUUUCAAACCAAUGAGAGACAGACAGCCUGGAAAAAGAAAAGAUCUAGACAGGCAAGAGGAUGAUGAAACUGCAACUGCGCAAAGUCUGCCGCUCCCUAGAGAUGUUUUCAAGAUCCGACAAAUUUGGAAAGCUCGAGGAGGUACCACGUCACAAACAGGAUCAGCAUCUUAUGGGAGCGCAUUUUCUGGAGAGCUCUCUGGCAGCACUGGCUAAUUUAUCGUGUUUCUUUUGUUCUUGGUUAGAUAUUUGUUUAGGAAGUAUUGUCUUUAGUUAUUUUUUGUUUAUGUAAAAUGUAAUCCUUAAUUUGUUUGUACUAUAAUUUAACAUCUAUUUUCAUUAUGAGUAAUAAAAUAAAGAUAAAAGUUGUGGAUGUA